AUGACGGGUUCUUCCCUGCAGUUGACGCCCUCAUCCGUUCAAUCACCUUCUGCCGGGUCAAGCAGAUCUACUUCCCUCUCUGUUCCAUCCCCCCAUCUUUCCUUCCCAAUUUCCCCCUCACCCAACAGCCAUGACGGGUUCUUCCCUGCAGUUGACGCCCUCAUCCGUUCAAUCACCUUCUGCCGUCUCAAGCACAUCUACUUCCCCCUCUCCCUGCACCUCAUCCUUGUCGACUCUCUCGUCCGUUCAAUCACCUUCUGCCCAGUCAAGCAGAUCUACUUCCCCCUCUCCCUGCACCUCCGCAACGGCUCCUUCCCCAACCGCUCCCCGUUAGACUGUCCUCCCAGCAGCAGCUUUAAAGGCCGCAGGGAUGGGCAGCAAGAGGAGGAGGGGCAGAGGAAGGGGCAAAUGAACGGGCAGGAGAAGGGGCAGGUAAAGGGUCAGGAAAAUGGGCAGAAGGAGGGGCUUGAAAGCGGGCAGGAGGAGGAGGGGGCGUGUUUUGGAGACGUGGACCAGAAUGGACGAUAUAGAGACCCUCAUUACGUGGCACUUAAGCACCACUGGUGGUGGAUGCAGAACACAGUGUGGGACGGCCUGUCAGAAACAAAGUCAUUCACUGGCCACAUGCUCUUUAUCGAAGAGGACCACCUGCUCUUCCCCAACGCGCUCGCCCAUCUGACCGCCCUCAUACGCGUGAAGAACGCGCGGUGCCCCGAGUGUGUGGCUGUCACGCUCGCACCCUCGAACGUGAAAUCCCGAGGGGAGAAUGGGCUAAGGGCGUUUGUGCGGGAGAGGAUGGGGAACGUGGGGUACGCUUUCAAUAGGAGCGUUUGGGAGCAGAUUCACAAGUCCCACAAGUACUUCUGCUACUUUGACGACUACAACUGGGACGUGUCGCUCUCCGAAUCCAUCUUCCACUACUGGCGCCACUCCUCUGCGCUCCGCUGGUCGGCUGCUUCUGCGCAUCACUUUGGUCGCUGCGGCCUGCACUCAGAAAAGCCGGAGGCACCCGCCCACUAUCUUGUUCGAAAGAACAAGACUGAACCUGAUGUUGGGGAGCAGCAUGCCUCGGAUACCCGUGUGAACCCGAGAGGCCGACUUGACAGUGAUGGUGGGAGAACAGAGCAGUACAGAAGGAUUGAGAGCGAUUUUGUUGUUGUGAACGUAACAGGGAAUGUGUCUUCAGCUGUGGAUCAGUGUUCGAAAGAAGGUCUGAAGCUGCCAAGACUGUUGCCACAUGAUUUGUGGCCGGACAUUGACGUGGACGCACCAAUUAGAGCGUUCGAUUUCAAGGGACCAGUUUUUGAACGGUUUACUGGGUUUGGAGGGUGGGGGGAUGGGAGGGACCACAUGCUCUGCAUGCACAUUGGUGCACUGUAUGGAAAACGUAGCAGAACACCUGAAGCCUGA